UGUUAGAGUUGACAGGGCAUGCACAGGUCGUGUUGUGCUUACCUUUUGCCUUUUGCUUUUAGCUCGUAUUUAAGCUGACGUUUGUUGUGAUGUGAUGGCUUUCCUGACUCUGUUCAUGAGAAGGCAGGUGCCGCAGGCCGUGGCCCACUUCGCCCGGGCACUGCGGCUGGUCCGGCCUCCGUGCGCAGGAGCUCCGUUGAGGAGGCUGCACGGCUCGGCCCGGCUGCGGCACGGAGAGAAGGGGCCGUGGGGGAAGAGCCGGGCUCCGGAGCAGCAGCACUACCAGCUCACAGACCUGGACAAGGCAGAUGCCCUGAUGCUGAGAAAGUCUCAUGAAACAGGAUUUCUCUCGUGGUUCAGGAAUGGUUUACUGGCUACUGGGAUUGGAGUCAUCGCUUUUGUCCAAAGUGAAGUGGGACAAGAGGCAGGAUACGCCUUCUUCAUCCUGGGAGGGGUAUGCGUGUCAUUUGGCGGUGCCUCGUACAUCGCCAGCCUUUUUGCCUUGAGGAGGAUGAUGCUGCUGUCUGUCCCAGCACUGCUGUUUCAAGGCGCCGCUGUGAGCACUGUCGCCCUCUUCUGGCUAUGCGCAGUAUCGCUCUACAUUGGCCGCCUGGAGGUGGAGAUCAUCCACGAGGAGGAGGACGAUGAAGGGGAAGAGUGUCGGGAGUGUCGCGAGAGGCGUGAGCACAGAGGUUACCGUGGUUCCCAUGACAGCAGACGCACUGACAGUGAGGACAGUGACGGCAAAGGCACAAACAAGUAGAGCUCUUCCAUGGAUGGAGUGUGUGUCACUUUGAUUCAUCCCCUUACUUGUGUAUAUGUGUGCGCAUGUAUGUGUGUGUGUGUGUGUGUGUGUGUGUUUGCAAGCAGCCUAUAUGUUUAUAUAUAGGCAACUGAGACACAAACCUAUGUAUUCAUUGUUAUAUUCGUGUAAAGAUUAUUGACUUGUAGACCUUUUGAGAAACUGGUCUUUGAAAAUGCUGAAAAAUUUGGAAGUUGUGCUGAAUUCGCUCGAAGUGAAUAAAUCAGCUUUUUUCUAAGACUUUGUAUAAUCACAUAUUCAAAGCUGCUUCACUUAAGUUAUCGAGCUGUUUGAAGACUGUAUAGAUUUUUUUUUUUUUUUAAUUUUUAGUUUUUGACAUUCUCAGACCCACGCUGCAAAGACUCACUGAGAACAUCACGCAGCUGUUUACUUUUUCAAAGCGCUGUAUGCAAUCAUUUUUCGGCAAACAUUGUGGUGUUGUUGCUGUUGGUCUUAUUAUUAUUAUUUACUGUGAUUGACUACUUGAAAUUUUCAUAAAAGUCUUGAAACACAGCAAGCUGGUGGUGAUACGCUGUAAGGUCUUCAAAUAAUUAAUAACUACUACAAGCAUGUUUCAGGUCUUUUUUUCUGACAAACCAAUGAGGGCUCAGAAUUUAUUUUUAAUAAAGUAUUUUUUAUUUUUAUUUUUGGGAAGGCAAUAGCACUUUUUGACUUUUUGUUUGUUUUUUGUUCAUAGCUUUAUAAGUGGUUCUAGUUUUGUUUGGUAAUGCUGUUUAUGUACAUGUUCAGUACCUAAACAAAGACAUGAACAUCUUAUUGUUAAAGUGCAUAUCACAGGUUCUGGUGAUAGUUAUAUUUCUGGUUUUAAUUGAUGUAAAGAAUAGUCAAUAAUUGACACUGAUAUGGAGAUUCUUUAUGGAGGGAAAUAAGAGUCAUAUUGGUUUUUUGUUUGUUUUUUGUGCACCCCUGUGUACAUAAUAAAUCAGGAGAAAUCUGAGCUGAAACAGUCUAAA